AUGCUGCGCAUGGCCGCGGACGCCUGCUCCCGGCCCCUCCUGUGGGUCUUCAUCGUCGCGGCCUUUCUGUGGGUCGUGUCGGCGUGGUCCAUCUACGUGUGGAUCCCCAUCAUAGUCAGCAACCUGCUCAACGGCUCCCUGCUGUCCGACGCGACCAGCGUGGGCGGCGGCAGCAGGAACAGCGUCCAGGCGGCGCUGCUCAGCGCGAUCCCCUACAUCUGCGCCGCGCUCUCGCUCGUCGCCGUGGCCUGGAGCGCAGACCGGCACAAUGAAAAGACGGCCCACGUGGCAAUCCCCGUGAUCUUGUCGGGCAUCACUCUCUCUUGUUUCGGCGUCGUCGGGCGGCACUCGGCGGUCGGGGCGUUUGUCAUACUGACGGCGUCGCUGGGGCUGGCGUUUGCCGGCCAGAGCACGCUCGUUGCGCGGGCGGCGGGCAUAACCCCGCCCUCGCAAGCGGGCAUCACCCUAGGCAUCCUCAACGCGUCGUGCACCGCACUCGGCGGCUUCGCGGGCCCCGUCAUCGUCGGCGCCAUCAUCGGCGCCCUUCGAUCUUUUGAGGUCGUCGCCCUGGUCAUGGGCGCCCUGCUGAUUGCUGCCGGCCUUAUCGUGCUCGGCGUUUUCGUGAAAGAGUAUCCGCAAUUCAGAGAGGAGCGGCGCGCGAGGCGCGCCGCCGACGGUGUCGCUUGCGGAGGCCGCCGUGCGGCUGACGAGGAGGCCGGCGGCGGCUGCGCGCCGCGGGCCGGCCGCGCGGGCGGGACGCUCUCCGGGGCGGCCACGGCGUGA